AGAAAAAAUUUCCUUGUGUCGAAUUCAAGCCAUUUACAUAUCGAUAUUUUUGUCGCGCUAUUCGCAAGUAACAUCUCUAGCGAAAUGAUACAACUCUGGCAACGGAUUGUCAAACGAGCGAAAACGAACAACAGUAGCAAAUCGCGGCGCAGUUUAGCUGUAAAAAACGAAAUUUGUUCUACAAAAAAAAUUUGCAAUUAAGCCAAAGCACCAACUAAUUGUAUACCUAUAGCCCUAAUUUGUAAGUGUACUCGCUAGUUUAGUGUAAAGUGUGGAAAACAAUACGACAGCUGCGUGUGCUGCAGCUGCAUGCAAUAGCACUGCAUUUUGCAGCUGCCUCCUUUUGUGUUGUUGUAUUGAGUUGUGACAUACGCACACCAACAACUCUUGGCUAGUUUGCUGAACAAGCAAGCGCGGCAAAAAAGUUUUCGAUAUUGCGUGAGUUUGUGUGCUUGUGUGCUUGUGUGUGUGUGUGUGCGAGCAUUAGUCAUUUUGGCCUGGCCUGGUCGUUGGUCUUAGGCCUGGUCUUGGCAACAUUUGGAGCGCAUCAACAACAACAAUCAACAGAAACCGAAAACUCGUCACGCCAAAAUCAGCGAAAGGCAGCAUGACCAUACCGUCGAGACCAGCGCCAGCGCCGCCGGUGUCACGUGGCCAGAAUGCUGCGGCUGGUGCGAAUGCGAGUCUGGAGCAGCUGCGUCUGCAACUGCAGCAGCAGCAUCUGCAACAGCAACAGGCGUCGCAUGGCGGAUUACAGAAGUUGAGCAUCAAGCUGCCGCCGCCGCCAAAGGGAGCUGUGCAGCAGAAUCCUUUGCACAAGAAGUCUAACAACAACAACAACUACUUUGAUGUGGAGGGCAGCACUAACGGGUCCAGCAUAACUCGCAAGUUUCCCCAAGCGCGCUAUACGCCGGCAACCAAUUGGAACGAUGCGCCCUUCGAUCCAGCCGGUGCGGCUUUCAAUGGCAACAAUUGCAAGAAGAUGCCGCCGCCUCGACCGCCACCGCCCAAAGUUCAGAUAAAUGGUCGAAAGCUGGCAAGCUUGAGCAGUGGGAACGGGGGUGAUGGCAGCGGUGGUGGUGGUGGUAGCAGCAGCAGCAGGAUCAUUAGCAACAUUUUCCAUCGCAAAAAGUCAACGGGAACGGCAACGGCCGCCGCUUCCAAGGCCGCAGUGCAGAACCGCGUCUACGGCCUGAGCAGCGGUCAUGCCGUGUCUUCCACGACGACGACGACUGCGUCUGCAUGUGCAGCCGCGUCUGCUGCCAGCAGCUACGCGACUAGCGCAAGUGUUUACGAUUGGAAUGCGGCCUGGAAUACGGCGAGCACAACGACGACCAGCACAACGAAAAGCUCGAGCAGCAGCCAGCGUGAGACGGAGGCGCAGCUGAUCAGCUUUGAUUCGCCGCCUUCAUCGCCCACUUUUACACAGAAAUCGAACAGCGACUGCGUCAGCGUCGAUAGCUUCAGCUCGGACAGCAAUUUCAGUUCGCCCAACAAUGGCAGCGUCUCGCAGCCGGAGAGCGGCUUCGAGGAUGAUUAUCAUGCGCGCUCGCGGCCCGCCACGCAGAGUCCGCUGGUGGAUCCCUGGGAGGCGGUGGACAGCAGCAUCUACAGCGGCGUCGGCGUCGAUAGCUUCGGUGCGGCACCCGUGCGCCAAAUGCUGCCUCAACUCACAGCUCAACGCAGCUCGGACAACCCGCUGUGCAACGGCAAGAGUCUGCUGCCACCGACGCAGUCGCUGACGAUGCCCACCAUCAUUAAGCCGAAGAUAUCGCAGAAGCCCAAGGCGCCCAAGCCGCCACCGUUUAUUGGCCAGCCGCCAGCAUUUGCCUAUGCCGGCUGCAGCACACCACCCUCGCCGCCCAUGCCCAAGGGCGCUCCUCCGCCGCUCGCGGCAGCCGCUACCUCAGCUGCUUCUGGCAAUAUCUCGCUGCUGGAUGUGAUAUCGGGCAAGGUGGACGCUCUGGCCCUGAGCAAUGGCAGCUCUGGCUAUGUGGAGGAGACGCAGCAGCCAUAUGCCAUUGCGCUCUACGACUUCGAAGGCGUCGAGGAGGGGGACCUUAGUUUCAGGGAAAACGAGAGAAUAUAUUUGCUGGACCAGCCAACUGAAGAAUGGUUGCGCGGACGUACACGUUCCGGCUGUGAGGGUCUCUUUCCGGUGAACUAUGUGGAAAUUAAGGUGCCAUUGAACGGAAGUGCAGCAGCUCCAACUCAAACGCCGCACACACAGUCACAGCAACAACAACAACAACAGUUGCCGACUGCUCGCUGUCUGUACAAUUUCCCCGGUGAGGUUGAGGGAGAUCUUGCUUUGAGAGAAAACGAAUUGGUGAGCGUACAUUAUCGCAUCAACGAGGACUGGCUGUACGGCGAGGUGGAUGGACGGCAGGGCCAGUUCCCGGCCAAUUUCCUAGAGUAUGUGCCCGACAAUCUGCCCACGCUGUGAAGGUAUAUUUGAAAAUAUAAUUAAGAAGCAGGAAAUAGCAACUAUGUUUAAAUUAUAUACAAGGAAUUAUUGUCGAUAAGGAAGAAGCAGCAAAUAUCGUUGGAACUGAAACAUAUUGUAUUUCCUAUUGGUAAUCCCCACCCGCACUUACACACACAACCGCACACACAUCUCCACAAAACAACACAAAUAAUUAUAUAUAUAUAUCUUUACGAUAAACGUGCGUUAUGUUUCGAGCUUAAGAGUUAUUUUACAAAACAGUUUUACGGCACCAGAUCAAAAUGCUACCGAUUAAUUAGUGCGCGACAACUUUUUUAAGAUCCAAUAAUUGUUUUUCCCUUUAAUUGUUAAUGUAAUUUACAUGUUGAUAGAUAAUUCAAAGUAUUCGAUUGCGUUUUCGUGCAUUGUAAAUGAUUUCGCGUGAUGAUCUAUUGAUCCUUAUAUAAUUGUAAUUAAAACAAAACACAAAAGCUACAAAUUUUUUCCAAUUAUACACACUAACACACUUUUUUUUUCGUCGUCUAAUUUAGUUAGCUAUUUAGUUAGGCACAUUAACCAUUUCCAAUUGAUGCAAAAUCUUUAAAUAUAUAUAUUAAAAUACGUAUCAAGUGCUAUUUAAAAAAGCUACCAUGUAAGCAAUAGGGAUAAACUAGAUAUCAGCCAACUAAAAAUAAAUAUGUCAAGAUACGAUGAACUGAAAUAAAUAAAAAUGAUG